AACGCCCCCACCCCCGCAUCGCGUGUUCGGACUGUUGGAGUCGUCUAGGACUAGGAGCAGCCGGCAUAUUUAAAUGUCGAUGGUAUUAAGACGUUAUUAGCCAUCGGCAUGCAACUAAAAUCGGUUGAUUAUCCAGUCGCAAUUCUGGUGGACUCAAUUCUGCUACAAGGGGACUUCUAUCUUCUUGCACCUCGGGAGAUUAUCUAGUAAAUUAUUUAUCAAUAUGACAGUUAACGGUCGUACCAACGGGGCAGCAGAGCGGCCCAAGACGGGUAUCAAGGUAAUUGUAGUCGGGGCCGGGUUUGGUGGUCUAGGAGCGGCGAUAGAGUGUCACCGUCAGGGACACGACGUUGAGGUAUACGAGGCUUUUUCAGAACUUAAGACACUGGGCGAUAUCAUCUCGUUCGGGCCAAAUGCGGGGAGGAUUUUCUACCGCUGGUCAAAUGGAGAAGUAGUCCGACGAAUGCGGCCCCUUAGCAUCGAUCUGAGGAAGUACGGUUUCAACAUUCAUAAAUACGAUACCGGCGAGGUCGUUGUCAACCAGAAAACGCCUCAAUAUGCUGAGGAUGCGCCUAAUUUUAACGGCCACAGAGGCGAGUUGCACGAGGUGGUCUUUAACUACGCCAGGGACGAUCUCAAAAUACCAAUCCACUUAGGACACAAAAUCCAAACAUAUUUUGAAGACGAUACGCAGUCCGGUAUCGUACUCGAAGAUGGUAGAAGGGUCGCUGCCGAUGUAGUCAUCGCAUCAGAUGGAGUGCGAUCCAAGGCACGAAAGUCCGUGUUGGGUUACGAGGAUAGACCGAAGAGUAGCGGAUACGCUGUUUGGCGUUCAUGGUUUUCAAACAAGGACAUGCUCGCCGACCCGGAGACCGCUCACUUCUGCAACAACGGCGAUACUUUCAACGGCUGGAUCGGCCCGGACAUGCACUUCCUGUUCAGCACUAUCAAGAACGGUUCAGACUGUUGCUGGGUCUUGACCCAUCCCGAUGAACAUGAUAUUGACGAGUCGUGGAGCUUCCCUGGGAAGCUCUCCGAAGUGAAAGAGGCACUGAAGGACUGGGAUCCCAUGUGUACUCGAAUCAUCUCAAAAACACCGGAAAAUAUGCUUGUCGAUUGGAAGCUGGUAUACCGAGAUCCUCUACCUACUUGGGUCAGCCCGUCUGGGCGAAUCCUGCUUCUGGGGGAUUCGGCUCACCCAUUCCUUCCCACUAGUGCUCAAGGAGCAACCCAGGCGCUAGAAGACGGCGUAGUAAUUGCAGUAUGUCUUCGUCGUGGCGGUAAGGAGAGCGUACCAACUUCGGUUAGGGCACACGAGAAGAUCAGGUACGAUCGCGUCCGCGAAACCCAGAAGACCGGCGAGAGCACGCGAGAUAUGUGGCACAAGACGGAUUGGGAGAAAGUUAAGAAGAACCCAGAGAUUAUUCAGUUCCCUAGGCAAGAAUGGAUCUUUGAUUUCGACGCGGAGAAGAAUGCCGAGGAAACAUACGACGCUGCUGUUAAGGAGAUUCUGGCGGCUUAGAGUCUAGACUAUGAUCAAUCAUUUUGCUUGCUUGCCAUACAUCACAUCACAACGAUACAUCACAGCAUUUCUUCGUAGUAACCACUUUGUAUUUUCCAUUUAUUGUUAGCAGCUCAGAUAUUUGAUUUCCCAAUACCUAGCUCCCUAAGUG